AUGGCCUGGUCCGCUGGUCCGCUGGUCCCCACCCUGCAGGUUGAGAAUCCCCCCUCUGAGUGUAAAGAUGGGAGGUACCAGCAGGUGCCCGUGGUCCUGGUGGGAAACAAAGUAGACCUGGAGACGGAGAGGGAGGUGUCUCUGGGGGAGGGACAGGCCUUAGCCGAGGACUGGGGCUGUCCCUUCAUGGAAACGUCGGCCAAAAGCAAGAGCAUGGUGGACGAGCUGUUCGCAGAGAUCGUCAGACAGAUGGACUUCUGCCCCAUGCCCGACCGGAGCCGAGUCUGCUGCCCCCAAUGUACCCUGCAGUAG